CUCUGUCAAAACAGUUGGCGCCAUUCGUUUGACCAAGCCCCGCCAACAUGCAACUUAGGCUAAGUCUGCUGCUGCUAUGCGUUCUGCCCACGGUGGUGUUCACGUGGAAGCAGGGCUGCAUCUCCAAGCCCGUCGGCUUCGGCUACAGGACGACUGGAGGCGCAGGAGGAAAGACCGUAACGCCUAGGAACACGAACGAGCUGAAGAACUACCUGGCCAGCAACCAGAAGCUCAUCAUCAAUCUGGACCGCACAUACGACUUCACUAAUAGUGAAGGAUGGGCGACCACCACUGGGUGCUACUUUCAGAAGUGCGGCAGCGGGUUCCAGGAAUCCCUGGCACACGCCGGCACGUGCAACGGCAAGAAGUCAACUACCGUCAAGUACGCCAAGGCCGGCACGACUGAGUUACUAGUCGGCUCCAACAAGUCGAUCGUCAGCUACAACGGUAAAGGCGCCAUCAAGGGAAAGGGUUUGCGCAUCAAGGACGCGCAAAACGUCAUCAUCCAGGGUAUAACCAUCAGCGACAUCAAUCCGGAAGUUAUUUGGGCUGGGGACGCCCUCGCGUUCGACAACGUGAAGAACGUGUGGAUCCACAAAUGUACCUUCAAGAGGAUCGGACGCCAACAUCUCGUGUCCUACCAGAAGAGCAACACGGGCAUCACCGUUUCAUCGUGCUUGUUCGACGGCACGUCUAGUAACGCAGCAUUCUGUGACGGCAAGCACUACUGGGUGUGGCUGUUCUGGGGCACUCACGACGAGAUCACCCUCUUCAACAACCGCGUGGUGAACACAGCCGGCAGGACACCCCACACCGGUGGCUGGAGCAAAUCCUGGAACUUUGUCCACCUUAUCGGAAAUGAGUUCGACACAAACCCACACACUGGCAUUGAACCAAAGCUCGGAGCAAACAUUCUUGCUGAGGGCAACUACUUCAUCAAGUUCGCCAACCCGUACGAUCCGUUCAACUCAAAGGGUGGUCACUUGGCACUUAUCAACGAUGGCAAUCAGGCCGCUAAGUGCAAGAAGUACUUCGGACAGAACUGCAAGAUUAAUAAGUACUCCGGGUGCGUUGUCAAGACAUGGUUCGAUGAGAGCGUUCUAAGUCAAUUCAGCAAGCUGGACAGGAACGCCAUUAAUGGCGCUAGGAACGCUGAGUGCGAAGUGUAAAAUACGAUCUAGCAUAUUGUCAAAAUGAAAGAACUUAAUGCAUAGAAAUACAGGGUGGCACGUUUGUGCCGGCUGUUCUGUUGCCUUUAUUAUACAGCAUGCGGACGGUGCAUAGUCGCAAAGGGGCCUGAAGGCGCCUGGUGAGCGACGAUGGGCAAGCCCGCCCGCACGCCUUGCAUGCGAUGCGGUACAGUAUCCGAGCAAAAAAAAAAAAAAAAAAAAAAACAGGCGACGUAAACGCGCCAUACCCUGUGGAAACAAUCUCAACCACCUCUCCUGAAAACCACGCUCUAAAAAUUGCAACCUCGAACUAAAUUAAAUCAUUGUAACAAGGCAAUUCACCCAAAAAUAUCACCGAAAUAAAAACACAAGCAAUA